AUGACAAACAUAGAGGCCAAGCCGAACACGUCAAUCAGCGCCAUGAUCGACCCCAUAAACCCACCAGACCUCCAACUCGGCAGUCUAUACAUCCUCCUCUACACCCGAAACGACCCACCAAACCCAAACGACUUCCACUGGGGCCUCUACCUACACCAAACCCCCAUCACCGGAGGCACAAAGUACCACAUCAAGACCGUCGGGCCUGGGUGGAUCCCCGACCAUGCCGCCAACGCCGCCAUCAGGAAGGAGUUUUUGCUCGUGGGUCUUUUUCGGAUCGCCGAUGUGCCAGCCCACUGGUACCCCCACUUAGAUCGGACUUUUCGCUCCCUGGACGCGAGACUGAACCACCCGGCUCAGACGUGUCGAGUCUGGGCCCUGGAUGUGCUCGUCCUGCUAAAUGAACCCGUUGAUGGCGAGCGAGUUUUCGAAUGCGAUGAUAUCCCGGCUCUACAGCAGGAGGUCUUCGAUUGGGGGAAUUUGCAUGCCAUGAGUGCUGCGCGGAACGAGCAGCCCAGACCAAUUGGUGCUUCGUCUUUGUGCGGUCUGUCACAUUGCGCUGUUGGCGCUAGUUGA